AUGUCUACUCUAAUGCCCUAUUGUCGAGAUUCAGCUCAGCUGCCCGGUCCCCUCCCUGAGUUACAAGAGGUCGAAACAGCAGUCGCCAAUCUUUAUCCAAUUCCCGCCCUCAUGCCGGAUAUGCUGUUGUGGUUAGAAACUUAUAUAUUGUCAGAUACGGCCCCUCUCUCCGAGAACGAAGGUCAUGCUCUGCUCUUCAUCCAAUCCAACCUCCCCACUCCUGCACCACGGCUUUGCGCAAUGUAUCGGGACGCAGGCAAUCUAUACAUCAUCACGGAAUACAUUCCUGGAAAGAACCUAGAGAAUUUCUCCCUGGUGAGCCAGCUCCGACCUAUCUUCCAAGAGAUGAGAUCGCUACCUACCCAUGGCUUCUAUGGAGGCGUGGAAGGAGGACCAGUGCCUCAUCAUCGAUGGUUUCGCUCGACGGAGCAGAAUCCCGCUAUCACCGGACCAUUCGAGAAAGAGGAGGACUUUGGUAGGGCUAUGGCUCUACGAUCUAAAGAGUACGCUACUUCCUGUGAUGAACAAUGGUGGCAUCCAGACUUUUCACCCCGGCACCUUCCCUCUUCGCUUAGCGGCCAUCAACUCUCAUUUUCCCAUGGGACUUCAACCCCGGGGCGCAUUCUGGUUAGGAAAUAUGAGGAUUGGUCAGAGUAUUUUGAAAAGUUCCUCGACCAUUGGCCAGUGGAAACUGCCGUGUUAGCAUAUGUGGACCGCCUUGAUUGA